CCUUCCUGCGCUUUUCCAGCAUUAACUUCAUGGUCAAUUAGCCUUGGUCAAUACUAUGAGCGCCGCUCAACCCCAGUCGGGCUUGGCCCUUGCCGCCCGCUAUGCGGUCCCUUUUGUUCUGCUACUUAUUCCUGUAUGGAUGGCCCGGGUCAAUACCGUUGUUCCAGAGCCGUAUCUGGAUGAAGCUUUCCAUAUCCCUCAAGCUCAAGCAUAUUGGCAUCACAAGUGGACGCACUGGGAUCCGAAAAUUACUACACCCCCGGGUCUCUAUCUCUGGUCGUAUGUUCUUUGCGCUGUUGCGCUUUUCCUUCGAGGCUCUCCAACAGAGCUCAAUGCGGAAGCACUCCGUUCGACCAAUGUCGCAGCUGCCGCAGUCUUCCUACCCUUGAGACUGCAGACUUUGCUGGAUGCUCUACGGAAAGAACGCAAUACCCGUCCGUCUGGCGCAUGGUUAAGCCAUACUGUGCUGAAUAUCUGUCUCUUCCCGCCGUUGUUCUUCUUCUCGGGCCUCUACUACACCGAUAUCCUUGCCCUUCUGAUUGUCAUUGAAGCCUACAAAUGGGACCUUAAACGAUCGGCAGCGACUGGCUCCGCGAGUCAGACUUUUGUAUUUAUAUUCCUGGGAGUGGCUGCAUUAGCCUUCAGACAGACCAACGUCUUCUGGGUUGCAGUUUUCUUCGGUGGGUUGCAGGUCAUCCGGACCUUGCGGAAGUCUUCCAAACCAUGUAAGUCGGCGAAUGUUGCCGAUAUUGCCAAAGGAGGCUUCAAUAAUGAGCUGUAUGACCCUCAUGUGUCAGAGGCUUCACUAGCGGAUUACUUUAAAACCGCUCUUUCCCUCUGCGCUGCUGCAUUGGACAACCUGGGUCAAGUAAUUGUUUCUUCGGUUCCAUACGUUACUAUACUUGCGGCCUUUGGUGCCUUCGUAUCGUGGAAUAACGGUGUUGUUUUAGGACAUAAAGCAUUCCACACUGCAGGCUUGCAUCUACCUCAGAUGUUGUAUAUCUGGCCCUAUAUCUUCUUUUUCUCGUGGCCGAUCCUACUCUCACCUGUUGUCAAUAUGUUUCUGCCGAAAGUUUGUCUACCUAAAUUUAUGGACUACGGCUUUUCGAAGAAACAUAAGGGCAUCCCAAAGAUACUGACAGUCCUCGCGAUUGUCCCUGUCAUGCUAACUGUCGUUCAUUAUAACACUGUCGUCCACCCCUUCACGCUUGCAGACAAUCGCCACUAUGUCUUCUACGUCUUUCGCAUUCUUCUCCGGACUCAUCCAGCUAUCAAGUAUGCUGCAACCAUUGUCUACUUCCUCUGCGGCUGGGCAGUCAUUUCCGCUUUUGGCUUCUCGACCAUCACACCGCCGCCUCGAUUUAUCCAAGCUCCACAGCCAGCGUCGUCCCCCAAGCUACCGGUACAGAAAGGCCCCAAAGGCCAGACCCAAGGCGAGAGCAAGAAGAGACCCUCGAAGAAUGUUGUUCAGCCUCCUAAGACACAGCAAUUAACACCGGAGUCCUUCGCGAUGAUUCAAGAAGCAAUUAAACAACGUCAAGUGAACCAACUGGAUGCGCCGCGAGUGAGCUUCGUGCUUGUCUGGCUUGCUGCUACCACCCUUUCUCUCAUCACAGCGCCACUGGUUGAGCCACGAUAUUUCAUAGUUCCCUGGGUGAUGUGGCGACUGCAUUUACCGCGGCAACCCACGCCGCUUGUUCAUCGCGAGCAGCGUCCUAGAGAUGAAAAAGAAGCGCUCCGUGCGAAGAUAGCCACCAACUUUCCACUUUUCUUGGAAACCUUCUGGUUCCUCGUGAUAAACGCUGUGACAGGAUACGUUUUUCUCUACAAGGGUUUUGAGUGGCCCCAGGAGCCUGGAAGGAUCCAACGGUUCAUGUGGUGAUCGCUUUGAUUCCUGUACAUUCUGUAAUUGUUUUAUUAUUAAUCGUGAAGAGCUUCGCACUUUGUAUAUAAUAGACACCCAUUGGGGGGUUGACCCAGUAGCUCGAUGUUCACUAUGCAGCUACUCUAUAUAUAUGCUUUUGAC